AUGUUCAGCGCGACAGAAGUAGGGACGAGAGACGACCACUGCUCGCUCCGGGCGACUGCCGCCGCCUCGCACCCGCCCGCCCUUCACCGCCCGGCUAUAGCCGCGCAUAUCCAGUCGCGCAACACACCUCCGCCUGGACACGGUGAACCCACAUGCCGAGCGCCGUCACUGGCAACACUCACUUUCACUGCUGGUACGGCUCUUAAAUCGUAA